UAAAUGCGAAAGUCUACUAUUACUCCGCCAGGCAAUAAUUAUUAUAUAUACAAAGUAUGGCUAGAGCAGCAGAUCCUGCUCCUACCAAACAAAUAGAGGAUCUUCUGACGUGCUGCGUUUGUACAGAAACGUUGGAAGAACCAAAGACGCUUCCCUGCUUUCAUUCAUUCUGUAAGAAAUGUCUCGCGAAAUAUAUUGAAGUUCAACGUGAGAAAGCCCAAAAGGAACAGGGAGCCCAGCAUUUGUUUGACUGUCCUAUGUGCCGAACACAGUUCGAACUGAAACAAGGCGAUAGUGUGGAACGAAUUCCGCCAAAUUAUUUCAUCAACAACUUGUUAGAAAUACUGCCAGUCAUACGACAACAAACACAAAAGCUACGUUGUGAAUCUUGCAAAGCUCAAGCACAAGCAACAUGCAGAUGUAUUGAAUGCGAACGAUAUCUGUGCAAGAAUUGCUUGACAGCGCACAAAAACUGGCCAGACUUCGAACAGCACCUUGUGAUGACAUUGGAGGAAUUGGCGAAACGUGAGAACCAAAGCAAAGCGAAAGGAAAGCCACGUUGCCAAAAGAAAGGCCACGGAGAUAAAUAUCUUGAGUUUUAUUGCAAUACCUGUCAUGAAUUGGCGUGUAUGAGCUGCGUUGUCUUAAACCAUUCCAAAGCUAACCAUGACUAUCAUCCUAUUGACGCAGUGGCUGAACAGCACAAAAAAUCUUUGAAAACAACUUCCGCCAUUUUACAGAGGACGUCUAACGAAGUUAAAACAACCUUACAAAAAAUAAAUCACGCCACUGAAAGACUACAAGUCAACACCAAAAGAGCUAAAGAUAUGAUCCUGGAACAAGAAAAAGAAAUCUUGCAAAAGUUAACUCAGAAAGUAAAACACAACACAGCAGUCUUGCUUGGGGAAGUCGACAGAGCGCACAACAUAGUGAACCAAAGACUUGUACAACAACAUGACGAGAUGAAAGCUUAUCACGAGAAGGUGAAUGGUUCACUGGAUUUUGCAAAGAAUAUUAUUGAAAAGGCAAGCAAUGAUGAAAUCCUUUUACUUGGUACAGAAAUCCAGGUUAACGCCAAAGAUAUAAAGAAGGAUUGUCCAAAGAUGAAGAAACCAAUUCAUGAUGGUUUGAUUGUAUACCUUACAAAAACAACGGAAACUAUUGUUGGCAACUUAAACUUGAAUGAAUUAGGAGAAGUGGCCUGUGAUCGUCUGCCGUUGAACGCUGAUCGUGGUUCUAUACAUUAUUAA